GUUACCCGUACGUACUGAUGGAGAGACUUUGGGCUCUAUGGCCAUCAGAUGAUAUGGGAAACCCCUAACGCAGGUCUGACAAUCGCAUGUUUUUUCUUCACUUAUUCCUUUCUCUUGAAGCUUGCUGGAAAUGUAGAAUUGUCACUCUGUCCUCAGACCUUGGAUUUCAUGGCUGACGGUAGUCUCAAGCCUGGAAGAACCUACAUGACGACAAGACUCGGAUUCAAUACAUGCAGAACCGAAAGAGAGUUUGGGGUCGCAUUGAGACAUGCUGAUACGAGUUCGGAAUAAUAGACUUAGGGAGCAACAUGGACGCACGUAGCUGCGAACAAGUCUUGUCAGUCUUACGAGGGAAUCGAAAUGACAAAGUUCAGUGUUGCCUGCUUGUGUUCGAAAAUGA